AUUUUAUUAAAAUCUUUCCCAUUUUGGUCAAUUUUAUGAUUUUCUCUUUAUUUGGAGGUUUCUAAAUAUAAAAUUUCCAGGUUAUCGAACACAAGCGUUGAGAUUGACGGUUAGCGGGUCGCCUGGGAGCGUAAAUUGGGUUGCAGAAACCCGAACCCGGAUUCAACGAGGCGAGUGUUUUACUUUUAGGAACCAACAGCCAACUGCAAUCAUAAGAGGAAGAUAUAUCUUUCCCUCUUUCCUCUAAAUCUUGGAAGAUCAGAAGCUCCGUUCGUGAUCUCACAACUUCAAUAACAAUGGCGACAAGGUACUGGAUAGUUUCUCUUCCCGUUCACAGCUCCGCCACUUCUCUAUGGAGUCGCUUACAAGAAUCCAUCUCCAAAAAUUCCUUCGACACUCUUCUCUACAGGUUCAAUAUCCCAAAUCUUCGCGUUGGUACACUCGAUUCGUUGUUAGCCCUCAGCGAUGAUCUACUCAAGUCGAAUACGUUUAUCGAAGGAUGUUCUCAUAAGAUACGGCGUCAGAUUGAAGAUUUGGAGAAGGCUUCGGGAAUUCUCGCUAGCUCCUUGACUGUCGAUGGGGUUCCGGUGGAUUCAUAUCUCACCAAAUUUGUGUGGGAUGAGGCUAAGUAUCCAACAAUGUCUCCUCUUAAGGAGAUUGUGGAUGGUAUUCAUGUGCAAGUAGCCAAGAUAGACGAUGACCUUAAGGUUCGUAUUGCUGAGUAUAACAAUGUUCGCAGUCAACUCAAUGCAAUCAACAGAAAGCAGACUGGAAGCUUAGCUGUUCGUGAUCUGUCCAAUUUGGUAAAACCGGAGGACAUAUUCACUUCAGAACAUUUGGUUACUCUCAUUGCUGUUGUCUCCAAGUUUUCCCAGAAGGAUUGGUUGUCAUGCUAUGAAACAUUAACAACUUAUGUGGUCCCUAGAUCCUCCAAGAAUCUACAUGAGGAUAAUGAGUAUGCUCUCUAUACUGUGACAUUAUUCAAUCGUGAUGCUGACAAUUUCAAAAUUAAGGCACGCGAAAGAGGAUUUCAAAUUCGUGAUUUUGAAUAUAAUUCGGAAACUCAAGAGAGUCGGAAACAGGAGCUUGAAAAACUGAUGCAAGAUCAGGAAUCCCUGAGAAGCUCUCUUUUGCAAUGGUGUUAUACCAGUUAUGGAGAGGUAUUCACUUCCUGGAUGCACUUCUGUGCUGUCCGCUUAUUUUCCGAGACCAUUUUGAGAUACGGCUUGCCCCCUUCCUUUUUGUCUGUUGUAUUGUCACCAUCUGUGAAAAACGAGAAGAAAGUACGUACACUCCUGGAAACCCUAUGCGACAGUUCCAACAGCACGUUUUGGAAAACGGACGAAGAAGCAAGCAUGGGUGGGUUGGGCGGUGAAGCUGACACUCAUCCCUAUGUCUCCUUCACUAUUAAUCUCAUAUGAAACUCGUGUUGAGGUGAGAGAGACAGAAAGAGAGAGAUGGUGUUGACUCUUGUUUUUUCUUGAUUGGGUUAUUAACCCGAUUUUAGUUGGAGACGCGGGUGUAUUGAUUGUUUGACGUUUAACGUUUGAUUUUGAAAUUUGUUUUGUUUAUUUAUUGUACUACAAUAUCACUAUGUAUAAAAAGGAUUAUGUACGCACCAAGAGUGAAGUCUUUGGCAAACAAAUUGUACAAAAAGCAAAUAAAUUGUGCUUUAAAAGGAUCAUUUGCUCGUGUAAAAUAAAGUGAGUAACUUAAUAUACUAGAAGGUGCGGAUUGAGGUC